CGCGAAGGCGGCCUACCACCGGAAGCGAUCCGAGAUUGGGAUGUGCUCGCCGCGAUACUGGGCACCAUUGCCGUCUUUUCCGACCAGGCAAAUCGCAAGGGCAUUCAGUCGGAGCUCGGCUCUCGCUGUUCUAUGGACCGCGGCUUGCGCGAGUUCGCAUUCAUAUCAACCUGCCUCCUGCUCGGCGCGUCGUUCGAUCGGGAGCGUGGAGUUGCCGUACAUGACCGCCCUGCGUCCCUCGGCACCGUCUUCCGCGACACCAACAUGGCGUCUUCCAUGGCCCUGGUGGAUAUCUCGGACCUGGACGCGAUACGCUAUGGCGUCGUCGCCUUCCGCUUGAUAGUCAUGAUCCACGUAUCCGGGAACCCCGAUGGAUCCGACGACUCCGACGGAGAGGAGGUUUGGGGAGACGGUCCCGGACAUCGGGAUGUCGACCUGGAGGAGGACCGGACGCGAGACCCGCUCUCCACCGCGGCGUGGGCCCAAACAGUCGAAAAUUCCCAGCCUCUGGCCCACGGACUUAGCAGCACAACGGACUUCAAAGCCGUGCUCCGGCGCCACCUACAACAGCAAUCCCCAACAAUCGGCCACCUGCGAUCCACCGGCCAACUCCUGGGCCUUGCUUUCGCUCACGAGCCGCACCUCAACCUCGACCCCUUCGCCAACCUCUCGGCCGUCGCCAUCGCGGCUGCACUUGAAACGACCCCGAUCCCGCCCACAUCGAUCAGUCUGACCAUCAACAUGCUCCUCAACCCCGUCAACCUCUAUCAUCGACACCCUCACCGCACACCCCUCCCUCCAAGCCCUCUAUCUCCUCCAAAGCCAACCCGUUCCUCAAAUCACGCCAGCACGACCUUCUUCCUCACCAUAGCCUCCCACCUAAGAAAUCCUCCCGCCCGCCUCCCCCACCCUCACCUCUCCGGCGCGCAUUCCGCCCCGCUCCGCAAGAAAAUCUUCCUUCCCGUCCGUGUCACCUUCCUCCUCUCCAGCAACAUUUCCAACCACCAAUUCUUCUACGUCGGCGACUCCCUCCUCCCGCCCUACCGCUUCGCCGCCGGUUUCCUAUUAUAUCUCCGCUCCCUGCUCACGUCCACCCACGCACCCCGCUUCGCAGGCGACAGCCCGACGUCGCUGCGGAAAUGCGAGGUGAUUUUCACAGAAGUAGCCUGGAAGAUGAAGUAG